GGAAACUAAGCAACCCAAAAUAGCUUUAACAUCUAAAACACCCACAAUUUUCCAUACAUCUCACAAAACAAAUUCAAUCUUUAUCUUCUCAUACUCUACCCUCAUUAUUCUUCUAAAUUCCAAACUUUUAUUUCUUUUUUUUAGGAAAAAAAAUAUAUAUUAUUGAUCAUCUUCCUCAUGCAGACCACCGUUUCAUCUGCAUAUUUUCAUAUGUUUCUUCUUCUUUGAUCUAAAGCUUUCCCAGAUUUUUGUUUCUUCUAAAAAGAUUUUUCAAAUUUUUAGUCUUUUCUGUUUUAAAAUUUCUGGGUUUUGGGUUUUAAGUUUAAAAAAAAAAAAAAAAAAAAAAAAACUGUAAAAUAUCAUUUGAUAUUUUGGGUUUUUUUUUCUUUGAAGAUUAUAAAAAAUCAAUGUGUUCUUGUUGAAGGGUCUUGUUUAUUGAUUUUUAGUUUCUUGUUAUUUUUGAUGAUUGAGGGAAGGGAAGGGAUGAAUAGUAGUGGGGUUACAGUGGUUGGAUCAGAUGCACCCUCGGAUUACCAUAUUGCUCCGAGAACUGAAGCCCCUAGUAAGCUCGCCACCACCGGAUCAGCACCUCAAUCUAUCACAAGCCAAAUGGCUGCCUCUUCUCCGACGUACCCGGCGGCUCCACCACCGGCAGGUGUAACACCCUUGACAGAAAAGAAGAAAAGAGGCAGACCCAGAAAGUAUGCUCCAGAUGGGUCCGUUAGAAAGGCUUUAUCUCCAAAACCCAUCUCAUCUGCUGCACCGCCAGUGAUCGACUUCUCCACCGGAAAAAGAGGCAAAAUCAGGCCUACCUCCGCCGGAAAACUCCAACGGCAACCACCCAAAGAGACGGAAGCUUUAGGUGAUUGGGUUUCAUGCUCAGUUGGCGCCAACUUUAUGCCUCAUAUCAUCAACGUAAACACCGGAGAGGACGUGACGAUGAAAGUUAUAUCGUUCUCCCAACAAGGACCCCGUGCAAUAUGCAUUUUAUCGGCAAAUGGUGUCAUUUCAAGUGUUACCCUUCGGCAGCCCGACUCCUCUGGUGGCACAUUGACUUAUGAGGGGCGUUUUGAGAUCCUUUCGUUGGCGGGAUCUUUUAUUCCAUCUGAAAGCGGGGGCAUAAGAAACAGAUCUGGUGGGAUGAGUGUUUCUUUGUCAAGCCCAGAUGGGCGGGUAGUUGGUGGCAGUGUGGCGGGUCUACUGGUGGCCGCCAGUCCUGUGCAGAUUGUUGUAGGAAGUUUCUUCACGGGUGUGCAGCAGGUGCAGCACGAACAGAAGACCAAGAAACAAAAACCAGAAAACAUAACGAUCACAGUCCCUACGACCGCCGCAGUUCCGGUGGCGGUACCCGUACCAGUACCAGUACAGGCACCAGCUGCCACCAACGAGCCGCCAUAUUCCACCACUGCAAAACAAAAUCCGUCGUUUCGUGGAGAUAACUGGUCUUCCUUUAAUACCCCUGAGUCGAGGAGUAAAGCAACUGACAUCAAUGUGAGUCUUCAGUAGUAACAAUACGACACACGCGUAACUUUGGUACGUAAACUGACUGCAUUGGCGAUUAGACGACGGAUCUUUAUCUCACCUUUUCUCGAUUUGUUUGUUUGUAUGUAAAAACACGACGAAUGGUGAUGUUGGAUCGAGCUCUUAAUUUCUUUCGGGUUUGUUUUAGUUUGAAUUAAGUUUGAUGGGGUCGAUAUUAGAUUUGAUGAUUAGAUUAGUUUUUCGAGCAGAUGUUUCAUCUUCAUCGUCAUCGUCAUCAUUGUUAGGUGUUGUCUGUAGAUGAUUUGGAUUUUCCAAUUCAUCCCGACUUAUUUCAUCAAAAUUAUGAACUUGUCGUAAAUCUUGGUUUUUUUA